UAGUGUCACUUUUGUGGUCAACAUAUCAAAAUAUUUCUAAAAUAACGAAACUAAUGAUUGUUAAUAUUAUAUUUUUUCAUAUCCGAAAACAUUUCGUUGUUAUAUAAUUUUUUGAAAAAAUAAUUGUACAAACAGUGUCAAAACAUGAAGAGUAAAUACACUACUCAGUGUCAUGAAGAACACAUACUAUAUUUAGAACUUCAGAAAGAAGAGUUUUUAAAGAAAUUUCAUGAACCUCCUGAUCUUGAAAAGUCACCUGAUAAUUAUGAUAGAAUUAAAGCAAUAGGCAAUGGAGCCUACGGAGAAGUGUUUUUAGUAAGAGACAAAUGUACGCUCGAAUACCAUGCGAUGAAAGUCGUUGACAAAACAGUCGUUGUUGAGAGAAAACAUGUAAAACACUUAGUACUUGAAAAGGAAAUUCUUCGUUCUGUUCAGUUUCCAUUUAUAGUUUCCCUAAAUGCUGCGUUCAAAGACAACCUGUAUCUUUAUUUUAUUCUGCCCUACAUUCCUGGUGGGGAGAUGUUUACUUACUUGCAGAAAUAUGGAAGUUUUGAAGAAAGUUUAGCACAGUUCUAUACCAGUCAGAUGGUGUUGGCAUUAGAAUACCUUCAUUUCUGCAAUAUUAUUCAUAGAGACAUAAAACCGGAAAAUAUAUUAAUAGACACUACUGGGUACAUUAAAUUAUGCGACUUUGGGUUUUGUAAAAUAAUAAAAAAGAAAACAUGGACACUAUGUGGGACACCUGAGUACUUAGCGCCGGAGAUCAUUAUGUCUAGAGGAUAUAACUACGCGGUGGACUGGUGGGCGCUCGGUAUUUUGGUAUUUGAAAUGAUUGCAGGCCAUCCACCGUUUUAUGCAGCUGAUCCGAGCAAACUUUAUGAAAAGGUUCUAGAUUGUAAUUAUAAAUGUCCAAAAAAUAUGACUCAAGACUGUAAAAAUUUGCUUAGAGGCUUUCUUCAAGUGGAUCCAACAAAACGUUUGGGAUCACAAAAAAAUGGUACAUUCGCCAUUAAAAGUAAUGCUUGGUUUUAUGAAAUAGACUGGUCAAGUGUAUUAAAUCAAAGAGUAGUUCCGCCAUUUGUACCUACUGCUCACGAGCCGGGGGACACCAGUAACUUUCCCGAAAUUUCUCAAAUAAAACUGAGGCGGCUAUCGACAUGUCUUUUUGAGAACGAGUUCAAAGAUUUUUAAAAAUCUAAUUUUUAUAUUUGCAAAAUCUAUAUUUUUCUAAUAUUUUUCUUGCAGCUUGUAAAUGUGAACUGGUUUAAGAGUAUAGUAAACAAAGAAUUAUUAUAAAUAUAUGUUUUUUUUUAUUUGAUUAUUUAUUUAUUUUAAUUUAUAUACGAAACCUUAACUCGUAUUAAGUAUAAAUACUUAGGGAUAUAAUGUAAUUGUAACACAACAACUUGACUAUUCUCACGGUAAAAUAUUUUAAGGACUUACAGUUUGAAGUAUGUAUUUUAAUUAAACUAAGCCGUACUCAUAGGACCUUGAAAAAAUAACGCUGUCUCUGACUAAAUAGCACUCAAAAUCAGUUCACAAAGUAGGUAUACAUACUGCCUGUAUGAUAAAUAGAAUAUAAUUAAUAAAUAUGUUAAAUAAAGCAAUUUUGUGAUGAUUUCUGUAUGCGAACGUGUGUUUCGUUUAAAACAAGUUAAAAUAUUGACAGAUAUUUUAAUAGAAGAGUAUUGAAGGAUAAGGAUAAAUGCUGCGCCGACCCCAAAUAGAAUUGGGAUCAAGACGAUGAUGAUGAUUGACAGAUAUUUUAGUAGCAACUAUAUACAACUGUACUCUGUGGUAACAACUAGAUUUUUGUGAAUAUAAUCUAUAAUGCCCGGGAUACAGGGGAUACACGAACCUAGUUUUAGUAAGGUCCUUAUGUAGGUAAUCUUAGGUAACUAAUUUAACUAUCUCAAAAGAUCGUAGCGUCAUAAAAAUUGGCAGCUGUAU